AUGCCCAUCCUCUUUGAUCCACGCAGGCAAACAUUCGUGCUUCGUGCAGGCGGUCGUCGCUCCUCCAACUCUUCAUCCAACAACACACUGUCCUCGUCGGUCAACUCUUCUACCACCUCUCUGCCUUCUCGAUCCUCCAGAAGCUCGUUUGGAGGGAUUCCUCGACCUUCGUUCACCUUUUCGGAACCUCGACAGUCCAUGGACGACCCGUGCCCCUCCCCGCGUACAGUUGAGCUUGACGUCUGCAUGAUGGAAGACGGGUGGGCGCUCCUCUUCCACCCUUCCAACGAGCUCAAGACGACCAUCCCAGAAGGCAAGUUUACCUCCCUGCCAUCCUUGCUCCGCUCGUCACCCAACCGUGCGCCCGGAACAACUCCCAACAAGUCUGCGUCGCUCAGCAAAGCAAAUUCCCCAAACCGCGUUACCCUCACCAAGGCGGCCAGCGGUGGCGGCAAGGUUCGCACUUCGCUCCCGCCGUCGUUCAAGCAAGGCAUGGGUCUCGGUGCCGUCAACCACGUCCCCCUCGCCGAACGCCGCAAGGUCACCGGCCCCCCACCUCUCCGCCCCGUCUCCUUGCCUCCCCCCACUGGUCCCCUCCCGCCCGUCCCCGUCGUCCCCGUAGCGAGCAAGCGCCAAUCACGGAUCCGCUUCGCUGAAGAAGACCCACGCGCAAGCGCCCUCCCGCAGACGGCGAUCGUGUCAACAACGACCCCACCCAUGAGCAGCGACGACGAAGCGGUCCACCAAGUCCAGCUGCGCAAGCCGCCUGCGGGAGUGGCAAACUUGAACGAGACCCUCCGCCUGCGCAACGCCCUCUCCUCGCUCCAAGGCCGCCAUGCGGUCCUGUACGACGCCACCGUCGACGCGCGCAACGAGAUCGCCCGCCUUCGCCACGAGCUGUCCCGCCGCAAGGAGGUCAUGGACCACCUGGUUGGCUACGCCAUGAGUCUGAGGACGGAAAACGAUAUCCUCCGCGAGCAGAUCCCCGGCGAGCGUCACGACGUCAUGCCCUAUUCACAGACCUCGGCGGCCAACAUGGAAGUCAUCCUGAACCAGUUUGGUUCUGAGGACUAG